UCGACCAACUAUGAUAGACUCGAAAAAGAACAAUCAAAACAAGCAAUAAAACAAAACAAUCUGACAGGUCGACAAACAAUUAGGUAUCAAUGUAUCGGUAACUUUUUUUCGCAGCGGUAUACAGACUUAUACAGACAUUUUUAUGGAUUAUACAGACUUGCCAAAAAAAAGUCAGGCAUCUCUGUGCGUGGGUGGAUUGAAGUGCGAUCGUUGCAAUCGUUAUCAAAAGUGUUGAUUUGUUUGGCUAGAAAAUGUGCUUCGAUGGAGCUGGUGGCUUAAACGCUCUUUAGACACAGCACUAAAAUGCUGUUAUCCUACAUCAUAAAUCAAUAUGCCUGUUCGUUUAUAGAUAUUCGAUAUACAGAAGUUGGUGAUAGAAACUGCCAUAAUUUUCAGAACACAGUUCUGCGAAUGUAGUGAGUCAUUGCUUCUGAGAAAGCCGGCCCGCACACGUCUUAUCUCUCAUACCUACCACCAAUAGCAAAGCGAGUAGGCCAGUGGUGUCGUAAAAAUGCAGCGUAAUACGGCUAAAACGGUAAAGGCUUCCAAUCAGAAAAUCAAUGCACAAGUUAGGACAAAAACUGACGCAGAAGUGUCUGGUGUCGGAGGGAAACUGCUGAGUGGUAACAGUUUGGAUUAUGGGGACAUCAUUUAUCUAGCGAAGUGUUACGCUAAAACCCAUGGAUACGAACCGAAUGCGGUUGUAGUGUGUAAGGUUUCCGAGCUCAGGGUACGUCUAGAUGCUCAAACGACCACCAACAAUUUCCAGGAACCGUUCUUCGUAAUCUGUGAAAUCAAUGAGAAUACCAUGGCUGUGUUUUGUGUUGUACAGCACGGGGAUAAGAUUUUCUGCUUGUAUAACGAUUUUCAGCAUAUAGAAGUGCCAACCGAGGUGAAAAGUCUGCUGGAAGUAAAAUUUGGUGCAAAAGUCGAAUUUAAGGUGCACGCCAAAAUAGAACCGAUCAGCAAACGGGAUGACUCGAUGGUAAUUUCACUAAAAACGCUGGAGACGAUUAUGGAAAACAUGAAAGCAGAUAAGCGGGUGGAUUUCAUUAAAAAUUAUGCCAACCAGAAGAAUCCCCACUUUGGGUGGAUUUCAACGAAAAAGAUUAGUCACUUGAAGAACGAAAUGUUCAAUUAUGUCAAAGAUGGUUACUACAAAACGUUCGCUAGCGAUAUCGACAAGCUGGCAAGGGAUGUUGAGUUUAAGCGGGCGAUUGCCAGGUUCAUUAAUGGAAUCCCGCUGCUAGACAAGAUUGAUCACUUUCGUGUUUACCAGGCACGGCUCAAGGAGGUUGCCGAAUUGGAUGAACGCGAUUUUGAUUUAUUCGAUGCUGAGAAAUUGAGACUGCUUGAGGAGGCGAGAAAGCGGGUGCUUGAAGGAACUAAAUCGCUUAAUAAAUUGGAAACCGGUCACACAGAAAAGGGUAAACAGCAGUUCGAUAUUGAGAUUAAGUUUCCCAAGCAAAUGCAAAUGUUCACGAAAAUAUUUGAACCACUAGCAAAAUCGAUGGUAGAUGAUAAAUUAGAGGCGACGUUGGAAGAGAUCUGUAGGAAGCUAGAUUUGGAUUAUACUAAACUACGGAGCUUUUUUCAGACCAAAGAAUCCAGCAGCUUGGAAGAUGAUGCCAGCGGUGUUCAGACGUGUGAGGAUGUGCUAGCUGAGAUAGCAAAAAUAAAGUUUAAAAGCUCGACGAUUGAUGUCGACGCUAGGCCGCUGAGAAUGUUAUUAGAGGAAAUUAUUACGGAAGACACUGCUACAUUGCGUGCAUUAGAGGAGGGUUAUCAGAAGGUAAAGCAGUUUUCACAACAGUGGGAGGCCAUACAAGAGAAGGAUGUUAACCGUUGGUGCGCAAUAAAGAAAGGGACGCUAAAGGAUUCGGAAAUUUAUGAAGCAAUAGCGGUUAUGGAUAGAGCAAACGAACUAGUCACCGGGGGCCACAAGUUGCGAGAUACCCAGAUUUUGUCGGUGCUGGCUUUCCUGCAGCAAUCAACCGGUAAAGGUCAGCUUUGCCAGAUACAAACGGGAGAGGGAAAAACCACGAUCGUGUCGGUGUUAGCGGCAAUUAAAGUUCUACAGGGGGAAAAGGUUGACGUUGUGACUAGUAACCCCGUGCUUGCCUCGGAUGGUGUUAGAGAUAGAGGGCUGUUCUACAGCCUGUUGAAUGUUCGCGUUGAAACAAACAACGCCGAUGACAACUACAAACACGGCAAACGGGCCUGUUAUGAGGUGGAUAUCGUUUACGGGAGUAUUGGUAAUUUUCAGUUUGAUUUUCUAAAAGACUCGUUUCUCGGUUACGGUACACGUGCCAGAAGACCCUUCGAAAACAUCAUCCUCGAUGAGGUGGACUCCAUGAUUAUAGACAAUGCGAGUCACAUUGCAAAGCUGAGCGGUUCUCUGCCCGGAAUGGAAAAUCUGAAGUAUGUGUACAUCAAAAUAUGGAUGGAGUUGCUUAAGGCGGAAAAAAUCAUCACCGAAGAGUUGCAGCUGCGGCUUCAGAAGAAAGCUCAAGAAUUGGAGUCUAGAAAAAUAGAUGAUGAGGAAGCUCAAAAAAUUUACGAUGAGUUUGUCUAUGAGUUGCAAGGAUCGAUAACGCCGAAAAUGAAAGAACUCAUCAAGCUUUCAAAACCAACAGAAAUAGACAUAAUUCCGUCGCACAUUCGGGAGUACGCCGAACGUUCUCUAGAUCGGUGGAUCGAUAGUGCGAUUAAUGCCAAGUAUAAUUACUGCCUGGACGAACAGUACGUAAUACGACAGGAUAGCAAAACCGGUGAAGAGGUUAUCCAACCGGUUGACUACGCCAACACCGGCAUAACCAUGAAGAACACCAUCUGGCAGUAUGGUUUGCAUCAGUUUCUGCAGCUCAAACAUGGCCUUCAUCUCACCGCCGAAAGUCUUACCAGCUGCUUCAUCUCCAAUCUGGGUUACAUCAAUAAAUACGGCACAAGGAUAUUCGGUCUUACCGGGACGCUCGGUUCGGAAGCAGAACAGAAGCUGCUAGCUUCGGUUUACAACGUAGGUUUUGCCCGAAUUCCUACCUAUAAGGAAAAGAAAUUCUACGAAAUCGGAGGCGAAGUUGUAGACGAUGAUCUUUUCGGGGAACACAUCGCCGAAGAUACUCUCGCAGAGUUGCGCCGAGGUCGGGCUGUGUUGAUUAUUUGUGAAACGAUUAAAGAUGCGAAAACUGUUCGGGAAGUGCUAAGAAAUCUUUCCACCGAGCAAACGUUUGACAUUCGCACGUUUUUCGAUGAGGACAAUGCUCACAUCACCGAACAAGAGAUCGAACCGGGUGUGGUAGUGAUCGCAACCAACAUCGCCGGCCGGGGAACCGAUUUUCGAACAACUCCGGAGCUGGAGCAGAACGGAGGAUUGCACGUGUGUGUGGCCUUUCUUCCAGCAAACAAGCGCGUAGAGGAUCAGGCUUUCGGAAGGACAGCUCGUCAAGGUAAUAACGGGACUGGAAAACUGGUAGUAAAACAGAGUGAGGUCGAUAAACUAGGCCUAGAUUCGAACCGGAUGUUACACAUAAAACGUGUCAGAGACGAAAAGGAAGCACUUAGGGUGCGGCAUAUUAGAGAUGUUAAGGUGAAGGAACUAGAAUUUCAGGACAAAAUUUUCGAGCAGUUUUCCAUCCUGUAUCGGCAGCUGAAGGCGAAAGAUCAGAGUGACGGUGACUAUCAAUACGUGCUGGACGAUUUGAAAGAGUUUUGGGCUUUCUGGUUGGAAAAAAAUGAUUUUCUCGGAUCGACCGACCCGGCGAAGGAAUUCAACCGAUUUAGAUCGGAAGCGGCGCAAACGAUUGCCGGAGUGAUUUGGUUCAAUCCCUUCUACAGUAUACAACAGGCAGAGCAUUUCAUUUUGAACGACCAACUGGACAAGGCCGAGCAGGCACUGAACCAUGCGCUUUUCAUUAGCAAGAACCCCGAAAUGCUUCACAGUGCGUACAUCAAAUUAUUCGAAGUGUCAAUCGAAAAGGGUCAAGUGCUAAUGGAUAAGUUUCGAAAAGCGGUUGGUGAUGUUUUCAUACUGCCGAUGGUAAAGCCAGAUGGAGCAUAUCGAGCGAAUGCUAAACAAUAUUUAAAGAAAACGAAGGAAGCUUUCCAAAAGGAGCACGAAUAUAUCACGCAGCUGUUUGAAGUUGACGAUUUCAAUAGAAUCGUUGAAAAUGCUGAACAACAAUCAACGGAUAAUCUGUUCAUCAAACAUUUAUCUUCGAAGCAUCAAACGAUUGCACUUGGUAUGAGCCAAACUGAGAGCCUUAUCCAACAGAUUGACGACACUAUCAACGAAACUAGGGGCGGCAUUUGUGUCCAAAGCCGCAUAUCCGAUUAUGUCGCAAAUCUUAAGCCGCAGGACGAAAAGGAACGGCAGCUUAAGAAAACGAUUACAAACUCGGAGCUGUCGGAGUUGCGACAAAUUUCCGCAAACACAACAUAUUCGCUUCGUGUGGUGCAUGAUGUAAGCCCGGAGAUUGUUACGGCAGCCCAGCUGCAAAUCGCUGGAGGUCUCAUCCUGAUCGCCAGUGGCGUUCUCUUCCCACCGGCACUGCCGGUUACGUCUUCCAUCGGCGGCACACUGAUCACGGAGGGUCUCUGCGACAUUGCGAUAGAGCUGAUCAGCGAUGGAAAGUUCAACAGGGCUGCGUACAUCAAAGGAAAAGUAAUCAGCUAUGGUACAUCGCUUGUAACGAUGGGAAUUAAUGCUGCACUGCAGUGCCCGAAAAUUCUGAACGCUGCGAAGAAAGCUUGUCGAUGGCUAUCAGAAACACUACGAAGUUGUCCGUACUUUUGCAAGGCGUGCGAAUUUCUGGCGACUAAAUUCGAUAAACUUACCAAUUGGUUUGAAAAAUUAGAAACUUUAGCCAAGCUCAGCAAAAUGAGUAAUCUAGAAAAACUAAACUUCUAUGAAAAGUUAAAAACCUCAAACGAUUUGAACCAACUCAAGCAGCUGGGAGAUCAAAUUCACCAGCUCGAGAAAUUAGCAGCGGAAAUGAAGCAAAUCGGAAAAUUGUCGGAGAUAACUAGGUUUCAAGCGUGUGUAACCAGUUUGCAACAAGUUGCGGUCAGUGUGGCAACUAACGUAGCCAAGCGAACAGUAGAACAUGUCGUGAUGAGUAAACUCGUAACCCCAGCACUAAGUUCCGCUAUGGGAGCGGUAAAACCAACGCUGCGAAAGCAUGUCGAAAAGUCCGUUCGAGAGACCAUUGACAAAGAUAAAUUGAAAUAUUUUUUAAUGGAAGAUAUUCAAACCAUCAUCAAAGAGGUACGGGGAACAAUCGACUUUGGAACUGUGGCAGGGAUUUUGAAAGAUAGUAUAAUGUCACUGUCCAAGUAUUGUAGCAACUGGCGCGUUCAGUUGUGUGCACUGGCGGCCGAUCAGUUUAUAAGUUGGAAAGAGGUGUACUGUUAUGUAACAAAGCUUUGUAAGGAUAUUAAUAGAAAGCUUAUCAGCAGAGCUGAGCUCAUAAAAAGUGACAUUGAGAAGCUUUUGCAUCUUCUUACGGACCAAUUCACCGAAGAACUAUACGCACAGUUUAUAAGCGCCACCGUGAAAACUUGUAAAGAGGUGUACUCCGUUGGAAAGUCAGCCUAUGGUAAUUAUACCUUAGAAAGAAAAAGAAUCGCCAGGUGCCUUGAACUGAAUCAAAACUUCCGAGAAGGUGGACUCGCGGGCCAGGAGCAAGCAACCGCUCUGAGCGAUGAAAUCAAACGACCCAUUUAUAUUUACGACGAAAAUGGGAACGAAAUCGUAAUUGGAGAACAGUACAAAGGUUCAGGGGAACCGAUUAAGGUGCGCUAUUUCCCCCCGGAUGCGGACAACCCAACCGGUCAUUACGUUCCAUUAGGCGAAGACAAGAACUGGUCAGCUGGGACAGGUGGUAACAAUUGUCUUUUCGAAGCAGUAUGCAGCCAAACUGGACAAGACCCAGCAGCAAUGCGACAGAGCACCGUAAACCGUAUAGAUGCUGAUCCGGAAAGAUAUAUCGCCUAUCAGGUUCACGACAUUGGAAUACGUGGCAUUUUUCUGUUUGGUGGAAAAAAAUGGUUACAUGGGAAUAGUUACCCAUCGCACAUGGAUCGUAUAAAAGUGAGUGAACAUCUGAAAGAACCUCUAGCCUUUCUUCGCAACGAUCUUAACAAGCAGAAGAAAGCAGCAGAUGACUUCAACAAAUUGACCAAAAAACUGCAGCUUACGUAUAUAAAGCACAACAAACACGCUCCAACAUUUGGAAUUGAUACCAAGGAUGGACCAAAAAUAGAAAUGAUGAUGGGAGCUAUGGAGGUACUGUUUACAGACGGUUCCAUAUUUCGAAUUAUGACAGUGUCUGGAGGCACACCAUUCAGCAUCAGAAUCGACAACAUAAGUUUAGAUUUCUCAAACAGUGGCACGGACGAUCAACGAUCAACGCCUUACUCUGCCGAGUUUAGGGGCUUCCGCUUCGUAGAUCCCGGCGGUGUUGAUGGCAAAGUGGUAUACGAUGUAUAUAACCACAAAGAUACCCAACAGCGAUAUCCGACACGGGGUGUUCGGAACUGUGCUAGAAUGAAGCUAGAAUAUGAACUGGGAAACCAUAUGAAGAACAACCCACAUCUGGAGAUAAAGGGUGUCAUUUAUAUGGUCGAAUCGUACUACAAGCCAGGAACAGCAAACUUUACCCCUGAGCAGGUCAUCCCGAUUGACUCGUGCAAUAAAUGCGCAGAAGUAAUGCCAGCUGCAACCGGAGCAUCUACAGAGCCAAAAAAAAGUGGUUAGGAAAUAGAAUAUUACAGUACUGAGCGAGUUCAAGAGUUGUACAACUAUUUUUAUACAAUCAAAUAAAAUUAUUUACAUUUGAA